AUGCCUCCGAUUCCGCAAAGCAUUCUCCGCGCCGAGGAGCAGUUACUUCGCAUCGAGCUUCGACGGCCCUUUGAACUGGAGGGAAAGGAGUAUUUCCUAUGGAAGGUUCGCUCAGAGCGAGAGGGAAUCCACCGCAGCCAGAUCUACGUGGCCGCCGUGAUGCUCACCUACUCGCCAUCAAUCCUAUCUAUCGAUAAUCUACCACGGAUGGACGUUGAUGACUUCCACGACACAUGCAACAAAUCGUUCUCGUUGUACAUUCCUCGAUACAGAAAAUGGAGUUUGCUCUUUACGGCUCUUCACAACUACAUCUACCGACGAUGGUUCCAACCGUACCAAAGCGAGAUCGAACACCAGCGUUUCCUCUGCAAGUUUAUCGCUCCUCGCGACUUGCCCAAAAAUGGGCGGAUUACGCCAGUAUCGAUCCAGGGCAUACUCUGGCUACAUGAAGCCAUGUGCGACGAGGUUGAAUCACGCCGUCACCACUACGAAAACCUGUACCGUCGCUACAGCGAACCGUAUGCAUUACUGACGGAACUCCCUGCGCGACCCAAUCUUUACGUUCUGCAGCCGUUGUUCAAAGCACUGCUGAUGAUAUGCUGCUCUAAAGAGUAUGGCGGAGAAGACUCGACUCAAGUUGGAAAACUCCCAGUCUACCUGGUCCGAACCCGCUUCGAAGAUGAGCUCAGCGAACCCAUAUCCUUCUUACCCAUCGCAGCCAAGAUAGAUUGCUACCUGGGGGCCGGUCAAGGAACAGUUAGGACAUCGCUCGAAACGGCCAUAGACUUUGUUAUGGACUUGGAGAAGAGAGAGAGAGAUGCUUUUGGUCUUCAUCCCGACCCGUGGAGGCCCGACACUUGGACAAUGAAUUGGUUUCAAACGCCGCUGGGGGCUGGACGGUUGGUUGGGCCAAGUUCGUGGCUCGUAAACCCUGAGAGCGGAAUGAGUUGGGACGGUGAUGGUUAUGAUGUUGAUCGUAUGUUGAAGGCUCUAGAGAAGCAGGAGUUGGAAAACAAGGGCAUCUCCACUGAUGUUGUUUGA